AUGGAUUUAAAUAAAGCAGAUGUAGAAGAAGUCAAGGGUAUUUCUACCACUCAAAAUUCUGUGGAAAACAAAAAAAAACGGAAAAGAAGUCGUUGGGAUCAAACCGGCUCUUCAAAAGUUCAAGCAACAACUGAAUUUUCUGUUGAUUCAGAAAUUCGGGUAAAAACUGAUUCCACUCAAAUUACUUCACCACAAAAUACGCCGGAAAAAAAAUUAUAUGUAAAAUAUUCUGAUACUUAUAAACCAGGAAUGAUACGUGUUGGUUCUAAAUGGGUUUAUCCCGAAGACGAAAUUAUAGAUGGUGGUACAUGGGAACACAAAAAAAGAGCAGAGGAAAUGAAGAAAACAGCGGAACAUGCAGCAUUGUUGACAGCUCAAGCUGAAGCCAAGCGUGCACAUCAUAUAGCUGACUUUUUGCCUAAAACUGAAUUGGUAAAAUUUGAGGAAGAAGUCAAAGCCAUUAAAACCGGUGGCCCUGCACCACAACAUGAAGAUUAUGCUAGUAAUAAGUUAGAUCAAUCAAACAUUGGGUUUAAAAUGUUGAUGAAGCAAGGGUGGCAGGCAGGAUCUGGUUUAGGAAAAUCUGGUGAAGGGAUUUCUGCUCCUGUUAACAAAGCUGAUACAAGACCAACAAAUGCUGGUUUAGGGCAAACAAAACCUGAUGAUGUUCAAGAAGAAGAUGACGAAUUUGAAAUUUAUCGCAAACGAAUGAUGCUAGCUUAUAGGUUUAGACCAAACCCUCUGGUAUGUGAAGUUUUCUUUUUUAGAAAAUCUACCUAG